CGUAUUUAGCUCACCGCCCACGUGAGCGCUUUUGUAUCUCGAAAUAUGGAUAUCGCGACUUUGGUUUGAGGGACCACCUAUUGGUUCAAGAUGGAUACUUGGUAAGUAAUUAUAAGAUUUGUUAAUCAUGACUUAUAUCUAAUGAACUUGUAGAUACCCAGAAGAAAAUUUCCUCUUAAAAAGGCGGUGACAAUAUCACCCAAACCCCUCUCACCCACUCAUAAGAACACAACACUCUCAAAAUGAACGCCUCAAAAAGACUCACUCACACCCUCUUAAAACUCUCGAAGCCCUCUCAAAAAACAGUCUCAUCAACAAGCAAGAGCUUUCACACCAGCUCGACAUGUCUCGCAAAGCGGCCCGCGCGACCAACCCGUGGCCGGAUCCUUAGGGAAUCACCCCUAGAGAAUCCCCUAGAGAAUCCCCUAGAGAAUCCUCCCUCAGAUGUUGAGAGUUCCUUACCACCAGAUGCACUACUGCGCGCAGCCCAAAAAUCCGGCGUUAUAAAUCUAGAACCAAAAGCUAUCGUUGCUUUUCUGACGGAAUAUAUGGAUGAGUCGUCGAGUAGUAGACCGGAAUGGGAGAGGGAAGUUUGUACACGUUCGUUUCCCACCUCCCUUCUCUCAUAGAAUAACCGCAAACCCUGCCGAAUUACGACUGGAGUAUUGAAAGAUUUCGAUAUAGAACAAUGCUAACAGAAAGAACAGGCCACUCCAUAACCCCCACAACACUAACCAUCCUCGCGGGCAUCCUCCGCCGCUCACCAACCCGCUUCCAAAGGCUCCUCGCCACCAAAGUAAUGCUCUCCGCCUCCAAACUCGGUUCCAAACCAGCAACCUAUGAACUCCUCCUCUCAAGCCUCGCAUCCUCCUCCCCUCUGCCACACACUCCCCUAAAAGCCCUCUCAGAACUAGUCUCCCAACACGACCCCUCCGCCUUGGCGCUCCACGGAAAGAUCCUAAAGCACCAAGGAAACCACGCCGAAGCCCUCGAGUACCUCGAAAAAGCUACCUCGGACCCAUACGGGAACGUGAAUUUCGACGGCGCGGGCGAGGCGCUGGUAGAUAAAGGUCUCCUGCUUCUGGAGCUACGAGCAGACGAUAAGUCACUUGCUCACGCGGCCUUCAAAACCGCAGCGCUCAUACUUGAUGAGCCAUUAGCAUACUACUACCUUUCCCGGUGGUCGCCUGUCGGCUCGCCAGAAGAGAAAGUGUAUCUUAUUAAAGCCGCGGCGUCGGGCAUCUUAGGGGCGAUGGCGAAGUUGGGAGAGCUGGAGUUGAAAGCUGUUUUUGAGAAGGAGGGGUUGCCGAAGAGGAUUGAGGGGUAUGGGAUGGCGGGGGAGUGGAUAAGGGUUGCGGCUGAAGGGGGCGAUCAGAUGAGUGGGUUGAAUUUGGGGUGUAUGUUUAAGAGUGUUGGGGAUACGCAGGGGUGGAGUCAUUGGAGGGAGAAGUUGGAAGAUAGUAGGAGGUGGAGUGAGAGGACGAGGAGGGCUAGGGAGGUAUGGGCUGAGAAGGGGGUGGAUUUUCUGGAGGAUGCCGGUGAGGUGGUGGAAAAGUAGCUACUUCUUUCGAAGGGGCUUUUAGGAAAGAAUCAUUAGAGGGAGAUGGGAGGGUGAGAUGUAGUAUAAGUAUAAGUGUGUGUAUAGCACAAACAGAAUCCAUAGUUUAUGGAGCAGAAUGGAAUCGUAGAAGAG